GAUACUUACAACGAAAUCAGCGCCUCUAGUGUCAAGAUUGGAUACUUCCUCUCUCGCGUCAAGGCCACGAAUUUACCGGAUCCCACAAGAAGAAAUCGUCAUGGGGGCCUACAAGUAUAUGCAAGAACUUUACAGGAAAAAGCAGAGUGAUGUGCUGCGCUUCCUCCUUCGUGUCCGGUGCUGGCAUUAUCGUCAGUUGUCUGCCAUCCACAGGGUUUCCCGCCCAACCAGGCCAGACAAGGCAAGGCGUCUUGGGUACAGGGCCAAACAAGGUUUCUGUAUCUACAGAAUCCGUGUGCGCCGUGGUGGUCGCAAGCGUCCAGUUGCCAAGGGUGCUGUCUAUGGUAAACCCGUGCACCAGGGAGUGAACCAACUCAAAUUCAACAGGUCUCACCAGUCUGUGGCUGAGGAGCGUGUUGGCCGCAAAUGUGGAUCCCUCCGUGUAAUGAACUCGUACUGGGUAGCCCAAGAUUCUACUUAUAAGUAUUUUGAGAUCAUCAUGGUUGAUCCCUUUCAUAAGGCCAUCAGGCGUUGCCCAGACCUCCAAUGGAUCUGUUCCUCCAAAGCCAAGCACAGGGAGAUGCGCGGUCUCACGUCAGCCGGGCGCAAAUCUCGUGGCCUCGGAAAGGGUCACGCCUACAACUCGACCAUUGGUGGUUCCCACAAGGCUGCCUGGAGAAGGAACAACUUCCAACAGAUGCACAGGAAGCGUUAAGUUCCUCGUGGAUUGGAUUCAAUUUUUUUUUUUUUUAAAUUCACUGUACCAUCCUAAUUUGGUAAGUGACCAGACAAAUAAAAUAAAUGAAGAGUUGAAUCCAUA